CCACUUUCAAUCGAUGCCUUCCCCGGAGAGAAAAAGAACCGUUUAGGUAGGCGCUCGUUGUUGCUAGAUUCCUUCUUCCUGCUAGAACCAACCGAUUAUACAAGCUUUCAUUUCUCUUUAAAUGACCCGUUUCUGCCGUUCCUUUGCUGCGAACUGAAGGAGGUAGCAAAUAGCAUGUAUCCCGCGCACAAACCCGGUCGACGGGCACACGCUCGCCAAUACCAAAACCAACACCAAAGCCGUGCGAGAUAGGGAGCGAGAGAUGGGUUGCUAUCCCCUCCUGGGCAAGAUCGUGUCGAAAGUGCUUGGGAAAUGCAACGGGCGUGGCGACGACGAGCGAUGGAGGGAAGAGCGGAUGAACUACGCCAUGGCCUACCCGCCAGGCCCACCCACAGAGACGCACUACAUGCGGCCCGUGGCAACCUCCGUGCACAUGGUCCCACCGAGCCCGCCACCCCAGCAGCCUCCGCCGCAAGGCCCAACACCAGCACAAGCAGAGCCCCAAGCCCAACCCCGAGCCCAAACACCACCAGCCCAACCCGAGCCCACGCCCGCGCCCGAGCAAGCCGCGCAACAAGCGCCGCCCGAGCAGCCGAGGCAGCAGCCGAAGCGUGGCAAGAAGAAGCCGCCGCGCCGCGUCCGGUUCGGCCCCGAGCAACCUCCCCCACCACAGCAGCAGCAGGAGCAACAUCAACAGCAAGAGGAGCAGCAACAACCACCGGAGCACGCGCCGGCCCCGGAACAACAGCAGCAGGGUCAGGGCCAGCGUCAUCAAGGGUACGGGGGAGCGGCGGGGCCGCAGGGGCACUUAUUCCCGUUCCGGUACACGCCGUCGCCGCUGCCGAGGUGGGAGGCGACGCCGAAGCGGCACGAGUACUUCUCCGGGGAGUACCGGUACAGCUACCCGACGCCGGUGAGGGAGGGCAUCUACAGCAUCGCCACCGACGCCAACAGGCUCACCACCAUCUUCAGCGAGGAGAACCCCAACGCCUGCGCCAUCGUCUAGUGCGCGCGGUCGGUGGGUCGGCCAGGGAAUCGGGUUCUCUCGCGCGCCGCGCCGGCCGGCCGUACGUGCAUAAUUCCGUCCGCCCGUUCGCUCUAAUUUGCCUAAUUGGAGGGGGGAGAAUCCGGUUCCCCUUCUCGAAGGUGCUGUGCAGUUACAGAGAAAGAAAAGCGGGGAUUGUUCGGUGGGUAUGAAUGAUGAGAUAUGAGAUGAACAUUCGCGUGCUGUGUGCUGUUCGGCUCCAUCGUACGUACCGCAUCUGCUCUUUUUCGCUAUGUUUCGUUUCGUUGCGAUGCCAAAGCAAAGGGAUCUGUCAAAGAUUAUUAGUUGCCGGCAAAGAGAAAGAUAUAAAGAAUCCGUUCUACAAAAAGAAAUUUUGAGACGAAGAACAA